AGUUAAACCAUAACCAGACCUUUAAUAAUUAAUAGGCCCUGCCAAAGUUAGUGGCAUAACACGCCGCAUUGUCUUUUUCCCAUGCUCAUUUCAUGCCCAGUCUGUAAAUUGAAAGGGUGAGAGAGGUUAUGAAAGGGAGCACUUCAAAAUUCUGGCAGAGAAUGGUGCUGUAAAAAGUGUAUUACGUGUUUAAUUUCCAUUGUAUCAUCUGUCAUGUCUGUUGUGUUAGUGUUGCCGGUACUUCUUGCAAACAGUUAGAGGAUUGGGACAACUGACAUGAUUUAUGACAGUUUAAACUCUGGUUUGGCUUUCUAGACAUCUUUGUUCAAGCGGACUCUGGAAGUUUAUAAACCUCCUUAGUCACAGGCCUCACUCUAUGUAGGAACAUCCAAUACAUGCCCUCUCUCUUUGUUAUAUCAAAGCCAGAAUUGGUGUCUGCAACGUUCAGAUACAGACUUUACGUAUAAUCACAAUAAAUAAUUCAUGACAUUCUGGUUUCCAGAUUUGUGAAAAAUCAACAGUAAACAGUGCAGAGAGAGAGUGUUAAAAUUGUUCGAAUUGAACAUUGAGCUUAAUGAUAUGAAAGCUUUGGAAUUGAUUUGACUGUCAAGUUCGAAGGUAUAUUUUGAGAUACAUGUAGUUUAAUUUGGCAAAAUCGCAUACAAUGUACAUGUUCAUCCAACAUUUAAAAGUGAGAAAAUCUUUCAUUUAAUUAUCCUUAAAAAAAAUUUGCUGGUAUUGAGUUCCAUGCAUAGAUAUCACUGAUUUUCACUAAAGUGGUAUGUCAGCCCAUACUUGUAGGUAAGUGAAAACAUGUCCUAAAAUGUCAGAUUUAGCAGGGUAAUAUUGAAAUGUUUGCGUACAAAACACUCAUUAGAUUACAUAAUCUUGCAGUGUUUGUGCACAGGGUGUCAAGUGAUAUAAAUGUACAUAUGUCCAUGUGUGGAAGUCUUUCCAGUUUACAUAAUUAGAAAGUUCUUAAAAGCCUACUUGGCAAAUAAAGCACAUUUGAAAUUACACAAUAACUCUUGAAUCCCGGGAUUUCACUUUCAGCACCAAAUCCAAUAGUGUCCAACAACUGCUGGAAAAGAGUUCAAGGAGAGGAGCAGCAUUCGCACUGCUGAUACUGAAUCACACAAGGAGUCAUUUGACACCCUGUGCACACAUCCUAUGAGCCUAGUCUUAACUUCUAAGUGUAUUUCAAAGGAUAUGAUUCAAUAUUUUCACUGCUAUAUUUGACUUUUGGGGGCAUGUUAUCACUUUCUAAACCACUGCAAGGGAAAGUACAUGUAAGUGUUGUCCAUAUAUGGAACUCUUACCUUGAUGGCUGCCAGAACAAGUCAAAUGUUAGUUUAAAAAUAAGAAUUUGGUGGUCAACAGGAUUCAACAGGAUUUGCCAUUGACAGGAUCUUGCUCAUCUCAGCAUGAAUCGUUAAAUCAAGCUCUUGGAGACCAACGGAUGCUGAAAUCUGAUGCACACCCUUUUGUCUCCUCCCCUUGGGUACACUGUACCUUGUGCCUCAUCGUACACAAUUCCGAACCCACUCCACCUAAUGAAUGCACUGGCCGCAACAGGAGAAAUUACAAUGUACAGUGUACAUAUGUACAUGUAUGUCUGUAUUCUGUACAUGUACAUUGUACGUACAGUGUAUGUACUGUACAUGCAUCAUGUUCUGUUUGAAAGCACAUGUACGGAUCUUCAAACCAAUUAAAAAAACCUCUACUGGCACAUGAAAAAGUGCUACUAGUGCUUAAUGACUACGAAAAUCAGAACAAUAUUCUACACAUCGUUGUAGAACAGAACGUUUUAAGAAAAGUCCCAUACCUUAUUUUACUCAACUUUGAGAUAAUUGUAAUUAACCCUAUUUUACACUCUUGCCUUCAUUUGAAACAACUUUGUAAUGUUUUUGUGGGUUUUUAUUGUGUGCCAAUGACCGCUUUUCAGCCAUGAGUCCUGGAUGGGUUGUGCAUGUGCCCGCCUCUGUUGGUCGGAGUGUCUUUUUUGGGUGUGUGCGAUAUUUAACCCUGUGUUCACAUCGCAAUUCUUGUAUUUUAAUGUCUAAUUGUACAAAUCUCAGCAAUUCAGCCUUUGGCUGCUAUUCAGAUUUUAAUAAUAAACCAGCAAUGAAUGAAUGAAUGAAUGGUUGAUUAUAUGUCCUUGGAAGAUAUUUGUUUUGUGGGAUUGGUUGAGUCUGAAUGAUCUGUUGAUUGUACAUGUAGUGCAUGGUUGGUCGAUAUUGUUGAACAUCAUAGACGUUAUUUCCCAAUUCCAAAAUAGUCUUCCACAACUGUUAAGUACACGUAGAAAGACGAAGUGAUUGGCUUACAGUGGAAGGAUUGACAGAUUGUGCUGCAAGAUUUACAUGCACUUGAAGUGCAAUGAUUGAUCAGUCGUGCAGAUCGACUGAUCCCAUCCGUAGUAUUGAAACAUUCUCUCUAGCAUAGUAGCAGCACAUAGAUUUUUUCCUGUUUAAAUUAGGAAUUCUCCUCUGGCAGUCAUUCCUUGUACUGGGUAAUGCAGAUGAUGAACCCUUGCAAUCUUGGCCAAGCUAUUCUGUGUAAAUAUUAUUUCAGUAAAAGUACACAACACAUCCAAAAAGAAAACAAGGGAGGAGAGUAUUGAUAAGUUGUUUAUUUUAUGUGGGUAAACAUUGUUUCCACCUAAACCACCAGAAGUCAUCCGACUACCCUCCUCAAAGAAAACCAGAAUGUCACAUACCUUGGGUAGUAAGUUUGCCAUAAUUUGCACAUUCUACAAAUACAGAAUAAUUACAUACAUGUACGUUUAUAUAUAAACCUGUCAUUGAAUCUAUGUUUACUUAACCUAGUCUGCCUGUUUAUGUUGAGUAGCUGUAUCUGCCAAGUACUAAACCUCUGCACAGCCUGUAUGGUUGUACUUGACUUCCAUAAUCAUGCCAGUCAAGGAAGCUGUUCAUAAAUUGGGCCGAAGUAGUAUCCUGGUGGUCUCGCCAUUGAUCCUUAUUAUACAACAAAUUUGUGUGAGGGAAAAGCUGACUGGAAUCUUACAACCCUUCAGUGUUCUUCUCCUUUAUGUUAAACCGGUGCUAUUGACGGGCGGAGUUGGUCUGAUUGCCUGGAAGCAGCCGUCCUCCUUAGCCCUCAGUUUCUUUACAUUCUUGUCGGCUGUCUGCGUGGUCCUCCACUUGGUUGCCACAGCGCUUUCAGGCCUGAGUGGUGCUGACCUGCAGACUUUGGUCCACUGCCGCGAUGACAUUCGACCUCUGACCUGCCACUGCUGCGAGCCGCACCAGUCCCGCUGUGCCCAGCCGGAGGACAUGGUUGCCUUCGAGGGGGUGGGUGGGUGCAGGGUGAUCACGGCCACCGUCAAGGAGCUGAUGUAUUCGGUCUGCGUCACCAACAUUGUGGCCUGCGUGGUGUGCAUCGCGGCCACCAUCAUUGGCUGUGCUUACAUCGUGAAGAGACACGCCUCUAGAAGGAUGGUUGUGCGACGGUCACAGUGCAGCAACCUGGCACGGGACUCUUUCUUCAGCGACAUCAUUAUGCCCACCGAUUCCGUUUUCACCCCGCCCGUGGCCCCACCUCCGCCUUACUCCCCACCAGACUACACAGCCAUCUCCAACGACCGGGUGCUGAUGGAGUCCGGCGAGUUCAUGGAUGACCUGUCCACGCCCACUCCAGUCAUCGGCCCCCAGGACAUGCCGCCGCCCUACUCCGUCCUGGACCUGUCACCAGGUGGGACCAUCGAGUGCGCUGUGGCGCAGGAGUACCAGGUGGACCCAAACGAGAUACAUCGCUUCGAGCCACACCGUCUUAGCGCACAAACUGCCAUAAGCAAUUCAUAUAAUCCAGGCCGAGCCAUUAUUACUGUCUGCCAGAGGAAUAACACGGAACAGAUACCGACCCCACCGCUAAGAUGGGACAGCCACCAUGUGGCCCGAAUCACCCCCCUGACCAGAAUGGACCAGUCUGGUGGCAAUGCCAUUGAGCCUCAGCCCCACCAACACCACCACCAGCACACAGCCAACGUGCCCGUAGCACCUGGACAAACUGUCGGCAACAAUAGACGGCACGCAAAAAGUAAAUCUCGGCCACGGUCUGGGGGUUCCCCGAGGGCCAGCCCGCGACACCGUCGGGAGACCAGGCAGAGCCUGCCUGCUAUGCUUCACCGGAACGGGGAAGGGAACGGCAACUUCAUUAUCGUGGACGACGGACUACCAGUGCAGUCUCGGCUACACCCAAGCAACGGCAGUUGUUUGCCGGUCGUGAUUAUGCGGCAUCACAGGGGGAGGCCUCCUCCGGGGAAUCGUGUGUCGACGGCUUCCCAGACGUCCCUGGAGGGACCCGACAAUAUUGCAUCCAGCGGGAAUGUGGGUGCAAACACGGAGAGCAUCAAUGUGGGGGAUAAAGUCAUCGCUUCCAUCCCAUGCUCAGUCAGCCAGGAGGCAGCUUCCCGCUCCCUGCAUCCAGCCGGGUUUCAUAACACUAAUGAGGGAACUGAAGCGGUUUACGAUAACAACAACCCUGCCAUUGACAAACCGGAGGGGGCCCCUGCAAAAACUGCAUUGAGUCUGAUAGACAGAAAAGCCAGCUCGUCGUCUGGCAGCGUGUCGGGACCCCCAACCAGCGUGCCUUCCCAGACCAAAUCCAGCAGCAGCAACGAGCGGCUGACUGGCACCAGUAGCAGCCACACGAGUCGGGACUCUGCAUCGGCCAUUGGACGAAAGCAGAGGCGCCGGCAUAGCCGUCACACUGCCGAACGCCGGCGAGUGUCGUCCUCGACAACUUGCAGUACAUCCCCAACAGAUUGCAGCUCUCGCUCCAGCACCAGCGGGAGCUUUGGAAGAGCCCGCCGAUCCCGGAACAGGUACAUUUCCACAAGUUCUUCCAGCGACAGUGAAGAGGACCAAAGACCUCCCCCGCCCAGGCGAGUCAUCAUCGCCAGGAUGGCCAAUGGUGGUGUUCGACACGAGAUGCUGGACCCAAAUAAUGCUUAUGGAUAUACUGGUGCUGUCCAGCGUGAACACGCACACAGGAGAAGCUCUGGCUCCUCCGCAAACACACCACCCAGGGGCAGACCCAAACACAAAAAGACAAAUGGGGAGAGAGCUGGCUCUGUCGGCAGGAGAACCAACAGUUCCGGACCACCGGUGAGGUACGAUCCACGGAUGGUACAGAGUGCCAUGCAAACCCACGUCAUCCCAACUCCACUUGCUGUCUCAUCUCCGAUAGCACCACAGGAAGCAAGCGAACAAGUUCACCUCAGGCAAAAACGACCAAACUCUCUUAACCUGCGCCUGAGCAGAAAGUCCCACCCGGCUGCCCAGCCAAGGCCAAGCCAACAUGCAACAGUGACCUUUGUCGAGGAGAGCGACCCCUGGAUUCACAGGGACACCGAAAGGACGUAUGCAUCAGUGGGUGUGCAAAGCAUGCCAGAGCAGACCCAGACUGGCCAAGCUCUGCCGGCCAAGUCCAUCCAGCCCCCAGCUGACGUCAACCCACCUCUGAUUGGAAGCGCUGCCAGUGCUCCCACCCCAUCCACCAAUGUGGACCCCCUCCUAGUGCCUAAGCCCAAGCCCCGGCCCAAGUCCAUGGUGGAGCUGAGUCAGGACACCAGUGUCAUAGUCUCCAGCUUCCUGCGGCAGGCCGUCCACGGCCUGUCCCCAGCCAUCAAGACCGUCCUGGAGGACAUUCAAAGUGUCAUCACCACGGAUGAGCAGUACCUCGCUGAGGCCAUGCAGAGCCACAGCAUCCUGGAUGAGUACAUCGAGAAGUCAAACUCACUGGACAAGCUCCUCGAGGAGAAGAAGGGCACAGAUUCUGAGCUUCCUGAUCCCAAAGUCUCACCCCCAAUGCCCAGCCCCGUCAGCUGCAAGAAGCUCUUGAGGGAAACCCUUGACGAAAAAUGUGGCAUAGAGGGCAGUGGUAUCCUCCCCAUUCCCGAUACCAAGCUCCAGAACCGCCCUGACAAAGACCUCAUGGGGAUCAACAGCGGCAAACACGAAGCCGUGCUGCAAGAUUGUCUGGUCAAAACACUAGAAAGUGCUAGGGAAACAGUCCUUUAACAGUUGUGUCUUGUACAAAAUAUACAUGAUUGUAUGAGAAAUGACUCGAAAGCCUUGCCUGCUGGUACUCUGCACAGCCUGGUUUCCAAGCAAAACAUUGUAAGAAAUGGUAUGAUGUCAUGCCUUUAACUGCCAAAGAGCGACCACUGAAUUGCAGUGGGUUUAUACCACAGCACAAACCGUAUUAUUUGUUGUUUGUUAAUGUUUUUCACAUAUGUGGAUCAUGAUGCAUUUAUUUAUUUUUUUUUCAUUUUUCAACCUGAGGAGAUACAAUGCUUGCCGAGGAGCUAAUUCGUUUCUUUUUCCAUGGACUUCUCUUCCCAAACUCUUUGCAAUUCUCUGGUACACUAAAAUUGUCAGAGCAGUUGUCAGAGCUGAACGUUAGGAGCAGUAACAAAAAAUUUGUGCUCUUUUUAAACAUCAGUUGUAAAACACUUCACAGAAUGGACCAGAGGAUUAAAAUUCUGGGGAUGAAGAGUCAUUUUGGAAGCGUGAUAAAUUUUGCCAUGGUAUUUUGAUCCAAGAAUGGGAAGAAAAAGCAAUGUAAUCAAGGUCCGUUGUUUGUUCGUUUGUUUUUAUUUGUUCUUUUUUACUUUGUCGUUUUUUGCUCAAGUAGUGGUUGUACAUCAGCUUCCACUUUCGCACUGCAGUCUUUGGUUUUCUGUUUUUGUUGAGUGGAUGGCUUUGUUUCAACUAAUUAAAUAAUCGUUCUCAAAAUGAAUUUCAAAAUUCUGCUCACUCCAGGAUAAUAUUCUCAAGCCCUGUGCGCGAUUACCCAAUGCAUAUUCCAUUUGCGGAACAAAUGUAAAACAUAGCCAGUGGCUUCGGGUAAACUUCUGAAGGCCACUACCUAUGCUUGGCUUGGCCUGGGGGAAUGUGCAUUGGUUAACCACUGAUUUUGCAAUGGAGAUUGGGUCUGGACCGAGUCAGUCUGGAGCUUAAUGGGGCACUUGUAUGAUCAAAAAUGUCCACAGUCCGAAAGGAAGAGGCCUCUCUGCUGACUGACGACAUCAGAAGAGGCCAGCAUUGCUGUUUAUCUCCAAGGCCUGACAACUAGCACUGUCUGAAGAAGUUGUGGACGAGGCAAUGAAAACUUGCUGGCAGUGUGUGAUUCAUAAGUACAUGUUUAAGAUCAUGUUUGUUGUUUUUGUUUGUUUGUUUUUUCCUGAGGGUGUACUGCCUUGUAAACACAGUUGUGCAAGCGUGGUGUACGCAGUGUGGACUUUCGCACUAAAAAGGUCCGCGUUAUGUAAGGGUAAAAGAUGUGUGGACUCACGCAUGCCCGUACAGUGUUUUCCCCUCUCUUAAAAACUUCUUGAGAGGCAUUUUGGGGUCAAGGUUUUCGGAUGGCAAAAUCAAAAGGAACACAGAAAUUCAAAACUCCAGCUUGAAGGGGUUAUCAUAGUGGGUUCCAAACAAAUAUCUGAUUGCCCAAAGCUGACUGUGAAUGAUACAGUGAUGGCUUAAACCACAUUUCUGCAGACUUUGAAUUUCUUAUUUAAAACUCUAAUAAUUAUUUUUAAACAGCCAAGAAAGUAACAAAUAUACAACAACAUAUUCCCCCCCCAAAAAAAUUGAUAAUCGCCAUGCACCUCCUGCAACCCCAGAGUGAACUCGGUCAUUAAAUAUGCUGCGGGCCGCUGCUCCAGAAUGGUUUACAACUUCCUGGUGUCUCCCAUCAACCGAGCAGAGGCAUUUUGUCAAGCAUUGACAUGGUUUAAUUAGAAUAUCAAUAUUUUAUUGUGCAGCAUGCUAAGUUCUUCCACUAGUUCUGUGUUAUUUAUGCAUAUUUUAUUUUCUGCCCGCUACUGAGAGCGGGAGAGUUUUUCUUUAAUGUACAUGUAUAACAUUUAUUUUUCUCCUUACUCGUGCAAUAACUUGUUUUUUUUAUACCAAGUCCCAGGUGUGUCUCGUCUUUUUUGGUGUUUUGGAUAGAAAUGUAUUCUAUGACAUAAAAUGUGAAGUUGAAGUUUAUGCCAUCCUGCCUAGGCUCCAGCAUUACCUUCUAUCAUGCAUGAAAAUGUUGACAUUUUAAGUGAAAGGUCUGUGGCAGCACCUUGCAACGAUAUCUCUCUUGUGAGUAUGUGUGGUUCAGAAUUGAAGAAUCCUCCGGUUCUUUGCUGAACUCCGCAUUCUCACAAAAGAGAUAUCUUUGCACGGUUCUACCACCGACCUUUUACUUAAACUUGUCACUCUCACCAUGAAAAGCUUCAAAGCUCAGUGCAUGUAGUGGACAUUUUCGUUGGAUAUGAGGUGCAGACAGUUAAACCAGGCACCGUCUGACAUAUUUGUUCCCUGACAUGUAUUAGGAACGUUUGUGACAACAACAUGUUUGCAUUUGCAGGGUCACAAGUCGGGUCUUGAGCUGUACUUGACCGUAGAAAUGUAUCUCAUUAACUCAGUUUUGGCCUUCAGUUUUAAGAAGGCCUCAGUCCAGGGCAGUUGUACUGUCCAUUUGGAUGUUUUGGGGUUUAUCAUGUGCAAGUCAACCUUUCUCGAAGUGUUAGAUAUCAUAUGUAAAACAAGUGUGUUUUUGUCUUUUUAUAGCAACGAAAGUUUUGAAAACAAAAUGCAUACCCGAAUAAUGCAGAUUCAUAACCCUUUUUCUACUUCCAAGGUAUUUAUAAUAUGCCUAUUUAAAACUUUAUGGAUCCAUCAAAUGGAUUUAUCAAAUGUUAUUAAAAUAGUUGGCUUCAGUUUAAAGUCUUUUGCAAAGGUUGGGGUGGCAUCAGUUAGUGAAGACACAGCUGACACCCCUGGGUAUGUCUCUGCCACAAACACUUUCAAUACGUGCAUGGGCCAUGUAUGAACACUCGGGUUCAUGUUUGACGGCAGCCUUGAGCUCCAGGUCUAGUUCCUGAUGUUAGAAACUGUGGCUCAAAGUCUGUGUGCCCUCUCAUUGAGGACCAUCGGACUGUAUGCAGCUGUGGAUCUGAGCAUUUCUGUUUUGGUCAGUCUGGGUUUGGGUACCGGGGGUGCGAAUGAAGCCAAUAGCAUCAUGGAAGCUGAGAUUUCAGCAAUGGCGUUGGUCAGCAUUCCACCAUUUUAUGCUUCACCAAAUUCCUGCUAAGCAGGAUUAUCAUCUGUGGUAAUUCUCAACGCUCUGAUACUGCACCUAAUUCCUGCUAAGCAGGAUUAAUCAUCAUCUGUGGUAAUUCUCAACGCUCUGUUACUGUGGACAUAAAAUCAAAUUGUUGGUAGAAACCACAAAUAAUGAAAUAUAGACCGUCUCUCACAGGCAGAGGGAUAGAGAGAGGGUUAAGGGUAGCAUCCAGUCGACUGUCUCCCUCAGUACUAAAAAUAAAUGAGCACGCAAGCCAAACCAAAUUAACUCAACUUCUGAUGCAGUAAAUAGUUUCGGUUAUUUUCUCUGGGCAUUUCUGCUUGCUCCACUUUGAUAUAGUUUCCAGUGAAUAUUUUUCCGAAUUUUCAGAGCUCUCUGAGAAAUACUAUGGCUCUUUUUCUGACUACCCAGGGGUGUUUGGGUAUUUGGGUAUUUGAGAAUGCUUGCAAAGUCAAAACAACAAACAGAACCAAAAGGCGGUUGGAUGUUUGCCCCCCAAAAAAUAAAUUGGUAGAAUGUUCAGCUUUUGACCAACAACCAAACACAGUGCAUUUGUUGCAGCCAUCAAAAUGCAGUGCAGAUAAUGUGUACAUCUGGUAUAUCAAAUAUCCCUAUGGAGUCGCCACCCAGAGUAGAACCCAUUUCUGAAAGAGGGUGCACAUUUGACUUUUGUUAUGAGAGGUUAGCAUUUUUCAUGGGGGGGGGUGGCUCAAUCUGCUCCUGUAUACUGUUUGGUAAUUUGUCUAAUGGAGGCAUCCGGUCAAAAAGGUACAGUAGUUCUAGUGCGCUUCAUGGGCACUUGGGCAGUGCAGCAUUUCUUUGAGGUGUCUUUAGAAUGUUCCCAUGGAUAGUAGUGCCGUCAAAUUCAAACAGUAUAUAGACAAUCUGUAACCAGACCAAAUAUUGAUUGAUAUGCAAUGAUUCUUUUUCUAAACUCUAUUAAAUUCAAUGCAAUGAAAUGAUCUUUUAUCUAUUGAUACUGAUGUAUUUGAAUUCAAAGAACAAGUUUGCGUGCCAACUUUUGUCCCAUUGAAGUCCAAAGAGUUAGUAGUUAGUCUCUUGAUACCAAUAUGCUUAAAGGGACCACGUUAUCAAAAUAUUUUCUUAAAAUCCUUGAAAUUGUACCUUUUUUGUCAAUUAACCUUGUUUUUGUUUUGCCACUUUU